CUGUAAUUCUAGCGCCCCAGAAAUGCGACUGCUGCACCUAAUGCGAGUGACAAUUUGAAGAUGGUGGUACCUGGAAAUCCCCUUGAAAUUCAGUAUGAUAGUGCAAUAGAAGUUGGUGUUAAAAGUACUAUGGAUAACAAGGCUGAAUCUGAUGCUCACAUUGGAUCUGAAUUAAAAGAAGUUCAAAAACUCCAGGAGCUAGUAAGACGGUUGGAAAUUCAGAAUCAGGAAUUAAAGAUUAAGCGGAAUCAGCAAACUACAAAUUCUGAAAAGGAUCCCGGGAUAGACAAUCAUAUUUCUGCUUUAAACAGUACAGGUGUUAUGAAUAACUUGAACCUACACCCUGAGAAAGGAGAUAUAGAAAUUAUGGCCGACCUGCAAAGUAAGCUAAAACAAAUAACCUCAGAAAAAGAAAACAUUCCUACUUUGAGGACAGAUGCACAGGUGCAAUAUGAAAAGCUAUGUUCUGAUUCAAAGCAGGAAGGUCAAGCAAGACUUAUUUGUAAUGACGAAGACAGCUGCUUUUAUACCAUGGAUGUGAGUAGCGAAAGAGAGCUGGAAGAUUCUGCAGCAAAAAUGACUGAACUAAAUCCAAGCGACGAUCUAGAAAAUGUUCUGGAUGAAACGGGUUUAGAUGAAGUGGAAGUUCUGGAGUUGGGAUCUUGCAGUGAUGAUGAUGAAGAUUGCUGGUUGUAUGUUUCUCCCAAAAAGAUGGAAAGUGAAGAACCAAAACCAGAUUCUCCUUUAAAGUGGUGCAGACAAGUACUGGAUCAUCACAGUCCUGAGACUGAGGUAGCCUGCCAAACGCUAAUUGGAAAACUUGAUCAAGCAAGUAGAUGGAAAACCUUGUAUUGCAGUCCACUGGCUUCACCAAGUGCCCAUAACUCCUGCACUGACCACAGCUUCUGUAACAAUACACUUAACUCACCCGGGUGCCUCAAAUCAACUAACAAACCAAUACUAACCUGUGGCAGCUCAGGUUAUUUGAGUAUCCAUUCUGCUCUCAGCUCCCAAUCUUCCGUAGACAGUGAACUGAGUACCUCAGAUGAUUCUAUAUCUAUGGGAUACAAACUACAGGAUUUGACGGAUGUUCAAGUCAUGGCUCGUCUUCAAGAAGAAAGUCUUAGACAGGACUACGCCUCAAGUUCUGCUUCUGUGUCACGGCGCAGCUCCAGUGCUUCAUUACAUUCAUUACGGAGAGGCACCUUCAGUGAUCAGGAGUUUGAUACAUACAGUUUGGAAGAUGAGGAUGACUGUGACUGCUCGCUCUCCUUCCGUAGCACACACCGAUAUUCCCCAUCUCCUCUCAGUUCACCUCGGUGCCAAUCACCUUCAUCAACUAGUGAACAUCUCAGGGCCUCAACCUCUCGCAUCAGACCUCCCAGGAGAUCCAUUCAAAAUACUGUGCAAGACCGAAUGAAGCAUGCAAACUGUGAAGAUGAGUUACGCCACAGUAUGCCUAACUUGGCGAAAACAAGUUUACGUUCUCUUGAAGCCGUAAGAAGCAGUCGUAGUUUGGAGUCUGAUCUUCAGGGUCCAGGCAGCCGAUUAACAAGAAUCCAACCGUCUUCAAUGAGUACUCCGCCCAGUAAACUGAGGUAUGGCUCCAGCUCAGGACAAUCUUCACUCUCGGCUCGUCAGCCAGUUAAAGCAGGUGGAGGUGCGAAUUCAAUGCUGGUAUCAAAACCACAGAUCAAAUCUUCUGGGUACAACAGUGCAAACGGUACACGAAAGCUUCAGUCUUCUGUUGGGAUGAAUCCAACAACAUCUGGAGCAGUUUCCCGAGCUGGUAAUUUCUCAGCUUCCAUUAAACACCCACCUGCGAAAUCUCAGAUAUCUGGAGUGCACUCGACUCCUAAAAGUAAAAUGAUUCAGCCAUCUAGGAGAUCUGUUCACUCUUCAAAGACAAAUAGUAUACCAAAUGACGACGAUUCCUGGAAAGAAGGAUGCUAUUAAAUUAUCUCAGAUAAAUAUUUAUUUUUGUCCAGCGGGCUGGACAGAAAUUUCACCAACAAGAAAAAAUGCUGUAAUUCUUAGAUGAUGAUUACAGAUUUCAAGACACAGGCUCCUUUUACAUUUUGUUUUUGUUGUUUACUUUUCAGACUGUUCAAAGUGUUUCACGUUCUACUGCAACACAUUGCUAGCAACUAAACAUUGAGCCAUUGAAUUACAAGAAACGGAUAUGUAAUUAUUGCCACCAGCUGACCUGCUGCACAUUUGUGACUGACUACUAAAGAUUAUGGGAAAACAUGUUAGAAACAUAGUGUACUGAUAUUGUUAAGAGAAUUUAAAAUUGUUUCCUGUUAAUUUGUUUGUUUGCCACCUCAGAAAAAAAAAAAGUUUUCUACUUGUUCUACUCAGCAGCAGAAUUUUUCAACUGCACCUUUUUAAUGUCCUUGACUGAGUUGUUUUUUUUUACCUUGGAAUUUGUGAAUAUAUAUGUAUAUAGCACAGAUAUAUGGUUAUGAUAUUUAGGACCCAUUUCAAGGACUAGAAAAUCAUUAUUGUGCCAGUAUGAAUAGAUGGACUCACAGAUAUAUAUCGAUGGUGCACAAUAUUUGUGUGGUUAAAUGGAGUUGACUAGUUGCACUGUGUAGAAAAUACAUGUUUUUUUGUGAAGUAUCUCCUUUAACUGUUUUGACCUACAUUCAGUAAAUAAAGCAAUCUACUGUGA